UCCCAAGACCGUCUCGCUGUCGUUGUCGUCGAUUACACCCCUUCGCUGGACAAGAGCACGUCGCCCGGACGUUGCCCCGAUUUGCCGGUGCCGCUACAUCCCCGCCUGUCCCGGAAGGUCAGCACGUGCGGAAGAAAUCGAAAGGUACAAAAGCAAAUAAAAAUUUAAAAACGAUGGAAAUAAAGGGGCGGGUUGCCCUAGUGACGGGAGCAGCAUCCGGUAUUGGCAAAGCGUGUGCCAUCGAGCUGUUGAAUCAAGGUGCUAAGGUGGCUAUAUGUGAUAUUAACACUGAAGAAGGAGAGAAACUAGUGGAGACAUUAGCCGCGAAGUAUGGCAAGGGUCGUGCGAUCUUUUCACAAUGCGACGUUACGGAUUAUCCGCAGUUCGAAGAAUCAUUUCAGACAACGAUCGCGGAAUUCGGUCAUAUUGAUAUCGUUAUCAACAAUGCUGGUAUCAUGAAUGACCGGUUUUGGGAGCUCGAAGUAGACAUUAAUCUCAACGGUGUAAUUCGCGGUACUUUGCUCGCUCAACGAUUUAUGGGCACGGAUAGGGGUGGUCAGGGUGGCAUCGUUGUUAACAUCGGCAGCAAUGUCAGCUUUAAUCCUUUUGUCAGCGUGCCAAUUUAUUCUGCGACAAAAGCAGCCGUCGUUAGCUUCACCAGAGCUUUUGGAGAUCAGUAUCACGUAGACUUAACAGGCGUUAAGGUGAUGGCACUCUGUCCGAAUGCUACGGAUACCAAAUUAGUGCGAGACGUCAACAGAAAGCUUCUUUUAACUCGCUAUGAGGAUGCCUGGCAAAGAGAUACAGCUGCAUCAGUUUUUCAAAGGGCGGAACAUGUGGCAAAGUCCUUGAUACAAAUAUUGAGUACUGGCAAGAGCGGAAACGUGUGGAUGGUGGAGAAGGAUCAGCCGCCGCAUGAGAUCAGCUUCGCGAAGCACUAAGAGGACAACACGUCUACACGUGGUGCAAUGAUUUUUCCUCGCUUCGCUACAAAUAUUUAUACCGUACCGCACAAUUAAUUGUAAUUUGUGUCGAGAUAUAUUCAGUCACAUGUUCGUUGUUCUCUUGUUCUCUCAAGAAGGUAGACGCGAGCGAAACAUAGUUAUUCACACUUUCAUACGAAAUAUUUGAGAGACCAGUACCAAUGUUUUUAUUAUAAUAAUAAUAACGAAUAUGUUAUUCAAAGCCAACAUCAUUAUUCGAUUUUUGAUAGAAAAUAAUACUUUUGGUACGUUUUAUACUGACAUGAAAACCACGACAGAACGCGAUGACUAUUCGGAUUUAUAAUUAUGAGAGAAUUUUACAGGAAGAAAGAAGAAGAAGGAGACGAUCGCGAUGUUAGAAAGCAGUAUAAAGUUUCGCGUGAUCGACGUAGAUCGCGUGAAGAUCCCCGGGAACAUAAUUGCGAAAAAAACAAUGUAAAACAAUGUAAAAAACAAUGGCUUCGCUUCCGUCCCGCACCCGCGUUGUGAAUCCGCGUCGGUUCUUUGCAUGAGCCUUAAUAAUGCACUUGCUUGUCAGCUAUAAUGCUCGAGGAAUAAUUUCUCGGCGAUACGGAAGUAUUGCACCGGCCAAUUUGUCGCAAUUCGACAUUCACUAUCCUGCCGCACGCACUUUGUAAUCAUGUGACUUGUUCAUUUGUGUAAUGCAUCGUGUACUCUCGACAAUUCCUCCAAUCCAUUCCGUUCAAUUCGUGUUGAAUGUAACGUAAUCCAGCAACAAACAUAUACACACAUAUAUGUUUCAUUAGAUCUACUAUUAAUAAAGAUAAACUUUGUACCACUUGUGUGAGGAAGACAGGGAGAGAGCGUGUGUGAAAGAGAUAGAGUGAGAAGUUAAAGAUUUAUAUCGCGUGCAUAUGCGCUCUCGCGAAGCGUACAAAACUGGAAAGAAGUGAAAGAAGGAACAAGAUUAUGUAAUCUCUCAUUGAUAACUGGUGCAGACAAUUCUGAUUCCACGAAAAUUCCGCACUGCUACCACAAUGUUGGAAAAAAUGAUACGUCGCCCGGCUAAAUCGAGUCAAUUAUUGAAGAAGAAAUUAUCCACGUGUCUAAAACUUUCUAGUGCACCUUAAACAGCUGACGAGACUGAACUGAAAUUCCAGGGUUGGGCAUCAGAAGUGUCUGCGUCCGCUUAUGCGCGAAUACAAUUAAACCUAAAUCCGUCGGAUGAUUACUCCAAACAAAACUGUGUAUCCAAUCGUAUAUCCAUAAUUUUUCUACAGUCUUUUUCGAGAGGGACAAGAAUAUUUAGAGACAGUGUAGCGAUAGAAUUAGAAUUCUAAGUAGCUUAAAUGCAAACACAACGCUCGACGAAAUUGUGUGUUUUUCGAUAUUAAAUAUUAUGGAAUCCUUAGAAGAGAAAUCUGUACGAUGUGCAAUUGCAUCGAAACUCAGAUCGAUACAUCAAUUAUUUGGCUAGUUAAUGAAAUUUUCGUUCGGAAGGUCUCGUCCGUUCGAGCAAUCCUUGUAGCUUUUGAUUAAGGACGUGAUUAGCGGCGGUUGUUGAUUUUGUUUCUGUUAUGUGUUAUAUGUUGCUAGCCUUGUCACAAUAAAAACAUAUGCAUUGCCUUUUAA